GGGAGAAGCAGGCUCCCUGCCCAAUGCGGGGCUCGAUCCCAGGACCCUGGGAUCAUGACCCAGGCUGAAGGCAGCCGCUUAACCGACUGAGCCACCCAGGCGACCCCAUUUUACAUUUUUCUGGUGUCGAUCCUCAGGAGCAUUCUUUAGUUCUUUAAGACUAUUAACUCCUCAGUCAUAUAAAGGUAUCUUCCAGGAGAGACAUGUGGAAUAGAGAAAUAUGCAGGAGUUUGGGGUCAAACAGACUGGAUUUGGGCCCCGUCACUGUCUCUGCCAAGUAUCAUUAGGCAUGUUAGUUAAUCCGUCUGGACUUCAGUCUUGUAAUUUGCAAAACUGGGAUCCUAACACCUAUUUUUCUGGCAGUUAUUAAGAUUAAGAUGAUGCAUACCAAGGUGUCUAGCACAGAGUAGGUAGGUGUUUAAUAAAUGGUAGCUAUUAUUAUUACCCGAACUGUGUCACCAGACCACAUUGAUGCCUGAAACCCAAUUUUAUGGUUUAAAAACAUGCCUUGUGAAAAGGGAAGAGCAACUUAGAUUCAUUCAGCUCAUCUUUUUUGGAGCCAACAUUCAUAACUUACCUAUUUAAAAAAAAGAAUUGAAAACAAACAAGGUACUUAAAAAAACAGCUGAGCUACUUGGUUGAAAGAAACAUUUCAAUGUAAACAGGAAUAAGAAAUACAUGGGGGAAAGAGAAGAAAUACAUGGGAGAUACUUGUAAGAUGGCUUAUGGGUUUUUUAAAUUUUGGGGGUUUUGUGCUUUUUUUUUUUUUUUUUAAAGAAAAAAGUAAAAGAAGACCUCCCUGUUGCUGGAGUAAGAACAGAGGCAGACAGGGAUGGCAGGUCAGACUGGGAACAGGGUAUUGGAAACUGGAGCCAGUUCCUGGGAGGAGGCAGCUGCAGGAGGGCAGAUCCCUGCCUCUGGCACCAGGGCAGGGAGGGGUGUCCAGCCCAGCCUGAAAAAAGGAUAGAUAGCAAGAGGGGGGGUGCCUGGUUUUGGGAUCCUGCUCAAAGGCAAGCCAGAUGGAUCAUGGAGCCCCCAAAAUCCUCAGAUAGGGACUUGGCAUCAUCUUUCAAAGCAGCCCCAACCUCUAAGCCAGGGUUUGGAGACUGGCUUCUGGUUCUUGUGUGCAGGGAAAGGGCAUGGGAGAAAGAAUUGCUAAGGAGGCAGGAUUUGGGGAAGAUGAGAAUUUAAGCCAUACAGACCUGGACUGACAUGCAUGUUUUAUUAUUUUCUAGGUGCGUGACCCUGAGCAUGAUGCUUUCUUAAGUCUCUACUAUGUCCCUUGUAAGGUAGAUGAGCCUAUAAAUCAGUGUUUACUAUGGUCCUGGGACUUGGCAUCUGCUGAUGCAUAUUAUUCCCAUUAAUAAUGAGAAGAACAGUUAUUAAUCUAGCCACUUCUCAUCACCUCCUCUGCGCCCUGGUUCCUGCCACCAAGCGCAGCUUAUCAUAACAGUCUCCUAGCUGGUUUCUCUGCUUCCCCCUUUUGAUCCUGUUCAAAUAUGUCAGAUCAUGUCACUGCUCCACUCAGUACCCUCCAGUUGUUCUCCACUUUGUCAGGUGCAGUCAGUCCUACUUGAUCCUGCCUGCCUUUGACCUUGGAUACUACCACUUUUCCCCUUGCUCACUUUGCUCCAGCCACACCAGCUUCCUGACUGUUCCUUGAACAUGUCAGGCACACUCCUGUCUCGGAGCCUCUGCCCUUGCUGUUCCUCCACCUGGGACACUAUCUGCAUGUCUUGCUUGCUCGUCUCCUUUAGGUCUUUGCUGAAAAAUCACCUCCAUGAGUCCUUCUCUGACCCCCCCAUUUCAAAUUGCAGCCCCACCCUAUCAGAGUCAACCCUCUUUCCUGCUUUGUUUUCUAUAGCACUUUUCAUAAGCUGUCAUACUAAGAUAUCUUCUUAUUACUAUUUCUGUUUAUUGUUUCUUUCUCUCCACUAGAAUGUAAAUUUUAUGAGAGCAGGGAUUUUAGUUUGGCUUGUUUAUUCCUGCCUCCUCAGCUCCUAGGACACUGCCCAGCACACAGUAGAAGCUGCAAAACAUUUGUUGAAGGAAUGAAUGAUUAUUUUAAAGCAAGAGGCUGGACUCCAGCUGUAGGGGAAUAUGGACUCGAGGCUGGUGACCAAGGCAGGAACUCAGACCUAGGAAGCAUGCCAGGAGUCCAGUUAUCCAAACUGGAACACAAGCCAGGGUAGGAUCUGGGAACCAGAGGGAUGCCCAGGCAUCAGAAGUGGGCAUGAGAUGAGAGAGCCUGGCCUGGAUCCAGGCUGACGGAGAGUGAGGCUGGCACUCUUCGGGUCAGGGCUGGUCCCAGGCCACAUAUCUUGGGGCCAGGUCACCCCAUAAGUGGAGACAGAGGGGCUGAAAGGCAGGGGUCAGGCAAGGCCUUCAACCACUUAGAAAAUGUCAAUCAAAGUUAUCCUAGCUUUCAACUUAUUCCCAGAUGUAGGUGUCUGUGGAUACUCCAUAUUGGCACAGCUUACAAGGAAAGCACAAAUGACUAAGGGAAAAAAAGGAAAAAAAGUGAAAAUGCUCAUUGAGAAACCUGAACUGAGAAGUUGAGGAAGGGCCGAUGCCAGAAGCCGAUGGCUAGAGGACAGCUGUGAUGUCAAGUGAACACCAGCUAAGAGAGAUUACCUUGUCCUCUGGACCGUUUUUGGUCUUGUUCGUGGAGAUGCUCAGGUGAGCUCUGUCCAUGCAAAGCUCUGUCCUUUGGCUAAGUGAAGCUCAGGAGUGAUGUGUGCAGAAGCCUAGAAAGAGGAGUUGGGAACAGGAGUACUUGGCCUGGGCUCCCCAGAGCUGUCCAAGGUACUCUCCAGGAUUGGGCACAACCUCCCCUCUCUGUCCUCAUGCUUCCUGAUUAACUAGCCUGUGAUUCAGGGCUGCCCCUACCUCACUCCAGAAGAGCAAGUCUGUGGACUUCAUCUGGUCCAACUCCUUCACCACAUACCUGAGGGAACCGAGGUUCUGAACAAUUGAAAGUCAGGGCAGUGCCCCUCCCAUAGUGGAGGUUGUCCCCCAUCCUGGCUCCCACUGCACUAUGUACAGAGCUCCUGCUGGCUCUGGGUUCCAGUCCUACCCUGGUAGCUCUGUGUACUUGGACAAGCUGUGGAACCUCCCUGAGCCUCAGUGUAUUCACCUGUAAAUCGAGGAUCAUAAACACAGGACUUCGUUCACUGGGCUGUUGUGAGGAUUACAUUAUAAGGCAGGUAGUAAAUGCUCAGUGAAGGUUAAACUUCCAACCUUGUUGCAAGGUCGUGGAUAUGGCCCACAAUGGUUGGCUCAAGCACAAGGAUGUUUUCUCAUUUGAUGUCCUACUGUCUCCUCUCAUUAAUCACCCCUUGGGAUUUUAUAUUUUAAUGACCCACAAUUUCUCUUCUUCAAGCGUGGAGGGGCUCGGUCAGAUCACAGGACUGCUUUGCCUAAGGUUAGCCAGUGCAGCCUGCGCGACCCGGCCAAGAGAGGACCAAGUCAAGGGAAGCAGGGAUCUGCUCCGAGUAGUGCUCCCACCCAGAGGGAAAAUUCUAGGGCGGAGCCCUCUGGGAGUGGGGACGCGGGGAGGUCAAAUGCCUGGAGGGGGCGCAAGGUGAGGACCCUAAUCUCUUCUGAGGUUGGCAGAGGACGGCUUCUCAGUCUGGUGGGGAAUUCGGAGGGCUCUCAGUCAAGGCCCUGAGCUCUGGACACCCUAGCACCAAAGGAUGUUAGAGUGCCGGCGGCAUCUUUGGCCGCCCCUUCGGGCUCGGUUAGGGCCUCCGCGGACACCCGCGCAGAACAGAAGAGCAUAAGGCUGCAGGUGCCUCUAGGACGCCUCCGUGGCGCGCUCGCAGCGCAGACCUUCCCAGACAGACCUCCGAGCAGCAGUCCCAAACCACCGUGCAGGAAAAGCUCGGCGGAGCGGCGGCGGCCACUGCGUGUGCCAGCACGCACGGCUCGGUCCCCCAACCCCUGUCCCCGGGCGCUCAGGUCCCCGAAGGUCCGCGGACAGCGACAGCCCGCUCGGCGGAGGGCCGCGGGGCGCGUGUGUGCGUGUGCUGGGAAGGCGGCCUUCCCCGCGGCCGCCCCUGCGCCAGCGCCUCCCCCUCCCCCGGCGCGCACGGCCCGUCCUCGUCCCCGGAGGCGGCCCGAGCCGCCGCCGAGCAGCCUCGCCUUCGCCUCCCGCGUUUCCUGACGCCCGCCCUCCCCCGGCCGGGCUUCCAGGGGCUGCCGCCGAGCAGCUCCCGGCGGGAGAGCGGCUCAGAGCGCGCACGGGGGCGGGCGGAGGCGGCCUGGUUCGGGGUGGCCGCGCCGGAGAGAGGCGCGCGCGAAGACGCCGGCCCCCCCUCUCCGCGUUUGCUCUCUCGCUCCCCGCCUCCCGCACUCCGCUCGCUCCCGCCCCUUCCCGGCGUGAUUGAUCCGUCACGGGCGCCGCCGCUGCCGCCGCCGCCGCGGCCGUUCAGAGCCGAGCAGGAGCCCGAGCCGGAGCCGGCGCCGGUGCCGGCGCCAUUGCGCGGGCGCCGCGGGGAGAGCUUGGCGCGGGGCGGCGGGCCGGGCCAGGCCAUGCGGGCCGAGUGAGCCGGCGCCCGCAGCCCGCGGCGCGGCAUGGCUUCCCCGCGGAGCUCCGGGCAGCCCGGGCCGCCGCCGCCGCCGCCGCCGCCGCCGCCGCCCGCGCGCCUGCUGCUGCUCCUGCUGCUGCCGCUGCUGCUGCCGCUGGCGCCCGGGGCCUGGGGCUGGGCGCGAGGUGCCCCCCGGCCGCCGCCCAGCAGCCCGCCGCUCUCCAUCAUGGGCCUCAUGCCGCUCACCAAGGAGGUGGCCAAGGGCAGCAUCGGGCGCGGCGUGCUCCCCGCCGUGGAACUGGCCAUCGAGCAGAUCCGCAACGAGUCGCUCCUGCGCCCCUACUUCCUCGACCUGCGGCUCUACGACACCGAGUGUGAUAAUGCAAAAGGGUUGAAAGCCUUCUACGAUGCAAUAAAAUACGGACCGAACCACUUGAUGGUGUUUGGAGGAGUCUGUCCAUCCGUUACGUCCAUCAUUGCGGAGUCCCUCCAAGGCUGGAAUCUGGUGCAGCUUUCCUUUGCUGCGACCACGCCCGUCCUAGCCGAUAAGAAAAAAUACCCUUAUUUCUUUCGGACUGUCCCGUCAGAUAAUGCGGUGAAUCCAGCCAUCCUGAAGUUGCUCAAGCAUUACCAAUGGAAGCGAGUGGGCACGCUGACCCAAGACGUGCAGAGGUUCUCUGAGGUGAGGAACGACCUGACUGGGGUUCUGUAUGGUGAGGACAUCGAGAUUUCGGACACCGAGAGCUUCUCCAACGACCCCUGCACCAGUGUUAAAAAGCUUAAGGGCAAUGACGUGAGGAUCAUCCUCGGCCAGUUUGACCAGAAUAUGGCAGCAAAAGUGUUCUGUUGUGCAUAUGAGGAGAACAUGUAUGGUAGCAAAUACCAGUGGAUCAUCCCGGGCUGGUAUGAGCCUUCGUGGUGGGAGCAGGUGCGCACAGAAGCCAACUCAUCCCGUUGUCUCCGGAAGAAUCUGCUUGCUGCCAUGGAGGGCUACAUCGGCGUGGACUUCGAGCCCCUGAGCUCCAAGCAGAUCAAGACCAUCUCAGGAAAGACGCCACAGCAGUAUGAGAGAGAGUACAACAACAAGCGGUCAGGCGUGGGGCCCAGCAAGUUCCACGGGUACGCCUACGAUGGCAUCUGGGUUAUUGCCAAGACGCUGCAGAGGGCCAUGGAGACGCUGCACGCCAGCAGCCGGCACCAGCGGAUCCAGGAUUUCAACUACACGGACCACACGCUGGGCAGGAUCAUCCUCAAUGCCAUGAAUGAGACCAACUUCUUCGGGGUCACGGGUCAAGUUGUGUUCCGGAAUGGGGAGAGAAUGGGGACCAUUAAAUUUACUCAAUUUCAAGAUAGCAGGGAGGUGAAGGUGGGAGAGUACAACGCUGUGGCUGACACACUGGAGAUCAUCAACGACACUAUCAGGUUCCAAGGAUCUGAGCCACCAAAAGACAAGACCAUCAUCCUGGAGCAGCUCCGAAAGAUCUCCCUACCUCUCUACAGCAUCCUCUCUGCCCUCACCAUCCUGGGGAUGAUCAUGGCCAGCGCUUUUCUCUUCUUCAACAUCAAGAAUCGGAAUCAGAAGCUGAUAAAGAUGUCCAGUCCGUAUAUGAACAACCUCAUUAUCCUCGGAGGGAUGCUCUCCUAUGCAUCGAUAUUUCUCUUUGGCCUUGAUGGAUCCUUUGUGUCUGAAAAGACCUUUGAAACACUUUGCACCGUCAGGACCUGGAUUCUCACCGUGGGCUACACAACCGCCUUUGGGGCAAUGUUUGCAAAGACAUGGAGGGUCCACGCCAUCUUCAAAAAUGUGAAAAUGAAGAAGAAGAUCAUCAAGGACCAGAAGCUGCUGGUGAUUGUUGGGGGCAUGCUGCUGAUCGACUUGUGCAUCCUGAUUUGCUGGCAGGCUGUAGAUCCUCUGAGGAGGACGGUGGAGAGGUACAGCAUGGAGCCGGACCCAGCAGGACGAGACAUCUCUAUCCGCCCACUCCUGGAGCACUGUGAGAACACCCACAUGACCAUCUGGCUUGGCAUCGUCUAUGCCUACAAGGGGCUUCUCAUGUUGUUCGGUUGUUUCCUGGCUUGGGAGACGCGCAACGUCAGCAUCCCUGCCCUCAAUGACAGCAAGUACAUUGGGAUGAGUGUCUACAAUGUGGGGAUCAUGUGCAUCAUCGGGGCCGCCGUCUCCUUCCUGACCCGGGACCAGCCCAACGUGCAGUUCUGCAUCGUUGCCCUGGUCAUCAUCUUCUGCAGCACCAUCACCCUCUGCCUGGUGUUCGUGCCCAAGCUCAUCACUCUGAGAACAAACCCAGAUGCAGCAACCCAGAACAGGCGAUUCCAGUUCACUCAGAAUCAGAAGAAGGAAGAUUCUAAAACGUCCACCUCAGUCACCAGCGUGAACCAAGCAAGCACAUCCCGCCUGGAGGGCCUGCAGUCUGAAAACCAUCGCCUUCGAAUGAAGAUCACCGAGCUGGAUAAAGACUUGGAAGAGGUCACUAUGCAGCUGCAGGAUACACCAGAAAAGACCACCUACAUUAAACAGAACCACUACCAAGAACUCAACGACAUCCUCAACCUUGGGAACUUCACUGAGAGCACAGAUGGGGGAAAGGCCAUUUUAAAAAACCACCUCGAUCAAAAUCCCCAGCUACAGUGGAACACAACAGAGCCCUCUCGAACAUGCAAAGAUCCUAUAGAAGAUAUAAACUCCCCAGAACACAUCCAGCGCCGGCUGUCCCUCCAGCUCCCCAUCCUCCACCACGCCUACCUGCCGUCCAUCGGAGGCGUGGAUGCCAGCUGCGUCAGCCCCUGCGUCAGCCCCACCGCCAGCCCCCGCCACAGACACGUGCCACCCUCCUUCCGAGUUAUGGUCUCUGGCCUGUAGGGGUGGGAGGCCUGGGGCCGGGGCCUCCCCCAUGACCGAACCUCACGGAGCAGAGGCCACGGGAACACUGUCAGCUCUGGCUGCGGAGCCGCUGGGCGCCACGGCUGGCCUUGUGGGGCUGCUCGGUGGCACUCACGUGGACAGGAUGGGGGCACUUGGCACCUGACCUCGCGCCUUAUUUGUGAAGUUUUUAUUCUUUCACAAAGAAGAGGAAUGGAAAUGACUUCUUCCACGAUGUCUGCAAAGGAGGAGGAGCUGGGAUAUUUGAAACUUUGCAAAAAACAAAACAAAUCCUAGACAAGGAGAGAAUCACUAGAACUCCAGCUAGAAGUCACCGAGUGUCCCUGAGCAGCCUUGAGAAGAGGCGAGGGGCUUCUGGAGAAACCGCCUCUGCCUCUGCACACACAUCCCUGGCUGUGCCCCUCCUCCCCCCCCAGGCCAGCCCCUCUGCCCUCUGGGGAAGGAGGUGGGCAGGGCAGCCAGGCUCCCAGCCGCCAGUGCAGCCACCCCCAGCCUUCCUGGAACAGGGAGUCUGCAGGGCAGCCAGGUGGCCCGAGGGCUGGGCUACGGGAGCAGGCUGACUCCCAUGCCUCCCGGUGGGACCUUACUCUCUGAUAAAUGCCACACAUUAACACAAUAACACCCGUUCCGGGACCGUGGGGAUUUAGGGCACGUCACUGCAGACCCGCUCUGCAGCAUUCACCGACAGUCGGUCAUGCACCCACCACGUUGGCCAUGUCCUUGUGUUUGUAUCAGGUGUUCCAGUAAUCAGGGGGACCACCCGAGCUAAUCAUGGAAUGUCUGUUCCCAGCAAACACGCUAAAGAAAGACUGUGCACUUUAACCUCUCAUCAGGGCCCAAGGGCUGGCUGGGGUUGGUUUUUUUCCCACUGACUUUGUUUCUGACCAAAGUGAAUCAGGCAUUCUGCUAGAAGACAUCCCUGUAGUCGUAGGGAGAGAGUUGCUAGCCGAGGGCUCUCCUUGGCUUCCCGAAGGUGGCCUUCCAUCUGGACAAGCUGGGGAGCUCGCCCUUGGGGGUCACAGGGGUGACCAGUCAACACACUGGUUCUCAUUCAUAAGAUCACUCUUCCCUCUCAACCGAACCCCAGAGAGCACUGGCCUGGGAGUCAGACGAACCUGGGCUCAAGUCCUCACUCCAUGGCUGACUCCCUCCAUGACCUUGGGAAAAUCACUAGUGUCUCUCUGAGCCUCCGUUUCCCCUCCCCAACAAAUUGGGGUUGAAAAUAACCCCCGUCCUGCCUACCUCACAGGGUCGCUCUGAGGAUCAAAACUUGAUCUUGUCCGGGAAAGCUUCGUACCAAACCAUGAAGCAGCCCUGACCCGUGAGAAAUCAGGAUGACCAUGACCUUCGGCCCUCACGACCACCAGGGGUUUGGCUCAGAGAAGCUCCCAGCACAGCCCUCUACCAAGAUAACCUGGUGGAGAGAGGCUCCCAACGACUUUUGUGACAUUCCUAGACAGGUUCCUUCUUUGCUAAAGAAAGGCCUGAAGGACAGCGUCCAGGACGUCUGCACAACUGAGCGGUUGCUCACUCCCUAAAGAAACCUAAUGGCAGCUUUAACAGGCAGGCAAUAAUCUCUUCCCCGACCACUGAAGUCAGGAAUAUACUGCUGUCACCACCAGACUUUGACAAAAGGGCCCACAGGAAUCCCACCAUCGCCAACAUUUCAAAAACACCCUGUUUCACGUAGCAUAGCUUCCCCCUCCCCUCCCCCCAAGAGAGGUUAUGGAGGUACUGUAGCUUUUAGGGGAAAAAAAAAAUGUCAACACAUCACAGGUCCAAUUGAAGUCAUUGUCGGUUUUAGGCACUACAAAUCGGUGUUGUCACUCACUGUGUAUUACCAGUAUUGACUUGCUUUCUUGAUUUUACCAAAACCAGAUUUAAUUUAAAGGACCACUUAAUUUUUCCAAGGGAAGGAGACAAUUCAUUGUACAUAAUGUAUACACACACACACACACACACACACACACACAAAUAUACCUGUAGAAAUAUUAUUCCAGCAUAGCAGGAAACAGAAACAAAAAAGUAUCAGACAGUCGGAGGUGAGUGUGUGUGUCCGUAACCCGUUGUGACCCCUGACCGUGCUCAGUCUUCUAGGUUCACCCACGAAGUACAUUUUCUGUCUUAAUGAUACUGUAGGUUUUCCCAUUUUUUUUUUUAAUUUCCCUGCAAAUAACAAGACCCACAGAAGUGACUCUAGCUAUCUAACGGUUCUUUUAUACGCAGCAAACACACCGUACAUUUCCGAAGAGGCUUCAGCCUGAAGGCAUUUUCCAGUGACGUUAGUGCACAAAUGCUUUAAAUUAGACCGGGACUGCCAGAAUCAAAUGUAAAUGAGGAAUUUCUCGUACCCCUAUUGCAUGGUAUCAAUUUUUAAUAAAUUGUUGCAAAUUUGUUUUUAUGAAUAAAAGGGG